AUGGAGGUCGCGACAGUCGAGUACAAGUUCAAGGCUUUCCAACGUGUUGUUUUGCGGCUAACACGCGACGGUUCUCCCUUGACGUGGACAACCGAGUUCCUGCUAAACCAGAAGCUAUUCAACCCCAAGGACAGCGUCAAAACAGCACUUGCAGCAGGGUUAUCCAGCUACUUUGUCAAGUGGCACAUCGCCACGACAUUCAGGUCGGCAUGUCCUUUCCUCACAACAGAUGGUCGAUUCGGGCUUGGCUACUGUGCCCUUGACUCUGGUGAUUCGAUCUGUGUUUUUUCGGGGCUACCGACGCCAUUGAUCCUCCGUCCCUGUGGCCUGGGAUGGAAAAUCAUGGGCCUUGCCCACGUUGACGGUUCGCUGGAUGGAGAAACAUGGCCUGAAAAUGAGGACGGUUUGGAACAGUGGGAAAUUGUCUGA